CUGGAGUAAUAAUAUCUUUAGAAGUUACUUAUAUUACUCCACGAACGAAAAUAGAAUUUGGAAAUCCGCACGCGAUUUGACUUCCAGAUCGUCUGAACAGACUGCUGAACAGCUGAAGGAAUAUGGCAGAUUCUGAUGAUUAUUUCAAUUCGUUAGAAGAUGUAAUAGAUUCAGAUUAUGUAAAUUUCACAGAUACAUGGAUGAUGGAAAUGAAUAGGCCUGAUGAAAGUGAUAAUGGUGAAGAUUCAGAUUAUGAAAAUAUCACAGAUACAUGUAUGAUGGAAAUGAAUAGUCCGGAUGAAAGUGAUAAUGGUGAAGACAGCUAUCAAGAUACAGAUGAUUCUGAGCUAGAAUGCGAGUCAGGAGAUGAAGUUGCGGAAAAUAUUGAAGCUGCAGCACAUAGAAAAAGAGGAAGACCAUUUGGGUCUUCUGUUGACUGUCAUCUGAAUUAUCCUGGAGAUGAAACAAUGGAAACUCCUGUGAGAAAAAAAAGAAGAAGCCUGAAAGCACUGACAUCGUUCGCAUACAUGGUUUGCUGUUCAAUGCUUUGCAUAUCAGGAUUGGACAUUAUGACCGCAGAGACAGUUCGAAAUAAUUUUCAAUCCCUGUCUACAAAUGAAAGAAGUCAGUUUAUUCUGAAUUGGCUACAAAGCCAUUCUAGGAUCAAUGAGCUUACUUGCAAGUAUGAGUUCAAGUACCUGAUAGGUACAUCUUCAGUGUGUCUAUCAGCCUUUCUACUGGUUCUUGGAAUCCCCAAAUCAACGUACUAUAGUAUUCAGAAAAAGUUUUAUGAUGGAUCAGUUGUCAUCAAUAAAAUUGGUAAUCGUCUUGGUAGAAUGAAAGCUUCUAGCCAAAGUGCAAUGACAUGGUUGCAUAUGUAUGCAAUCCAGUUUGGUGAGAAAUUACCCAAUCAGGAGAAAAUACACCUACCACCAUGUGUGACCAAAAAGUCUAUUUACAGUGAGAUGGUUGAAUACCAACAUGACAAAGGGGAACCAGAAGUUAUUUCCAUGUCACAUUUUAUGUUACUCUGGAGAACAUGUUUGUGUCAUAUUGCCAUCCCUAAGGUAUCAAGAUUUUCCAAAUGCAAUAAAUGCAUCAAAAUAAAGACAAAACUUUCUUCAACAAGAAGCAAGACAAAAAAGCAAGAACUACAAAGAAGGAGAGAAAAACACUUAAAACAACAAAACAUGGAAAGAAGGAAAUAUUACAAGCAUAUUCAGAAAGCUAAAGAACAACCGGAAAAAUAUUUAUCUGUCAUAAUUGACUCAAUGGACCAAAGCAAAACUCAGCUUCCACACUUCCUGUAUAAAUCAAAGUUUACAGGUAAUAUGUGGAAGCUGAGGGUCCACUUAAUUGGGGUUUUGCUUCAUGGAAUAAGCACAUAUGGAUUUUUUGACUUAUUUGAAUAUCCUCACUCAGCAAAUCUCACAAUCUCAACAUUGAUAAACAUAUUGGCAGGUUUGGAAGACAUCCCACCUGUCCUUUACCUGCAAAUGGACAAUUGUUACAGGGAAAAUAAGAACAGAUUUGUCUUUGGAUUCCUUUCAUUGUUAGUGGAGCUGGGUGUAUUUAAAAAAGUUAAAGUGUCAUUCCUUAUGGUAGGACAUACACAUGAAGACGUUGACCAGGUAUUUUCAAGAUUUUCUUCCUGGUUGGCAAGACAGGCAGUUCUUACAUUGCCCAAACUUAUGAGAGCUUUUGAGUCAUGCACUACUCCAAAUCCAGUGUCAGUUCAAACAUCAAAAGUGUGGGAUAUAGCUGGCUGGAUAUCUCAGUAUCUGAACAAAAUGUGUAACCAUUCAUACCCCCACAUAUUUAAGAUAAUCAAGAAAGAUGAGAAAACAAGACUGUUUUACAAAAAAUGGUCAACUGACAAGACUUGGCAAGAACCAGAGGAGCAGCUUCUACUUAGUGUUCCCACAGACUCUCCAAAAAUAAUAAUUCCUGACUACAACAAAAUAGACCUGGCCAAGCUAAAAAACGAUAUCACUGGUUCAUUUUCAUAUUUCAAGAGAGAGGAAGAUAAAAAGUGGUGGACUGAUUUUUUCACAGAUCUUUCUAGUAAUAAUGAAUCUCCUGAAGAAGCAGUGUGGCCAUUAAGUGAUUUAAUUGAGAAAGCCAAGGAAAGAGAUAUGAAAGAAACUUCUGACACAAGACAAUUAAGUGACUCAGAGUUGAGUGAUGUGUCAGAUGAAGAUGAACCAAUUCCUCAGCUUGUUGUUGGAAAGAAGAAAUCUGGUAGCCAAGGGGAUAACAGUACAAUUGUUGUAAGUGUUGGGGAGAUGGUUCUUCUAAACUUAGCAGAAUAUGAAAAGGAGUGGCCUCAAGUUGCCCAAGUGAUCAAUUCUGAUGAGGAGACCUGCAUGAUCCAUUGGUUCAGAGGAUCCCAAACCAAACCAUGGAAGCCAUGUAGUAGAGCGAUACCAGGGAAAAAAGGAAAACGUGAAGCCUGGACACAGACAAUCAAUAUAACAGAAAUCAUAAGGAACAGUUUUUGUUUAACAAAGGGGGGUUUCUUACCUAAAAAUGUAAAAGAGUUUUGUAAAAGUCAUGAACUUCAAGCCAAGAUUUAAGAAUUAUCAAUGCUUAAUAUUAUAAUUUAAUAUGCAUAUUUAUUGGAAAAACAGUUAUUUUAAAUUUUGGAAGUUUAUCAAUAUUAUCAAAAAAUAAAUACUUGCAAAUAACAUGAACAUUAACUUUAGAAACCACAUACCUUAUAAAAUAAUUUUAGAGUAAGCUUAUAUAUUAUGUGUCCUGCAUUUUACCUUCCCAAUUGUUUAGGGAGUUCUUGUCUGUUGAAGAUCCAUUGGUGGCCUUAAGUUGUUUAUACCUUUCGGUUGGUUAGCUGUCCCCAAUUUCCAUUCCUAUUUGAUUAUUCUUGAAUUAAAAAAUUUUGUAGCACAGAACUUUAAAUUAACUCUUAUCAUAUUUAUUUCAAUAAUUUUCUUACCAUGUUUUGAAAACAAUCUUUUCUAUAUCAGUCAAUGUGGGGAGACAAAUUGUUUUUGUCAGGUUCAUCUGCUUAUUUUCCAACUGAUUAUCUCCUAUAUUGAUAUGGAAAAAUCUAUGAAUUUUAUACUGUUACAAUGCAAAUAUGUAGGCAAUACUGACCCAUUCAUUUUUGGAGUUUCCCACUUCAUAUUUAUAUAACGUUUUUUGUCAGAUAUCAUUUUCAACAUGGAAAAACAUCAAAACUUCCUGCUUUUUUAUUUUAAUUUGCAUUUGUCAUUCUGAUUUACAAGAGUAUGAGUGCAAUCAUUUUUUUAAUAAGAAUUAAUUGCUAACACGUUUUGAUGAUGCCAAAAAAACAGGUCUUUUGUAUGAUGAUAUCAAGUUGGUAGGCAUGAAAAAUCAAAAAUCUGACAGUAUGAAGUACAAAAUGCAUUUAAUAUUAAAUUUCUGUAAGGGAUUUCAUCUAGGUGAUUUUUUUUAUAAUUUGAAAAAAUAAAUUUGUCCAUUACUUCACUAGUGUUAAAAAAUACUAAAAUGAAUUUUCCUAUGCCCAAACAAGGAUGUUACUGGUAGAGGGGCAAUAUAUUUUUGGACUGUGUGUAAGUCUGUCUUUUCCCUUUCAUGGUUACACUUUUGGGCAAGGUAGUUUUAGAGAAAGUUGAAUUUCAAUCAACUGCAAAAUGAGUACACAAUUUGAUCUUGAUAAGUAUUUCUAAUCUUUAUAAUCCCAGGAGAAAACGAUAAUGAGAGUGGGGUAUCUGUGUACUAUGAACAGAAUAUUGUUAUUAUGCUAAAUGUUAAUGAAUGUAUUGUUUAAUCCUGAAAUAUAUGUGGGUAACUAUUUUUGGCAUAAAUGAAUUGACUGCUGGAAUAAUGUUCAUAUAUUUAAAUGAAAGCAAUAUUAUGUAAAUGUAUAUUAUGUUAAGAACAGUGUUAAGGGGAGAAAAGUUUAGGUAUUUUUUAUUAGAUUAAAAUUGUUACCCUUGUCAAUUUUGAUAUAACUUGUAAACAAAAUGUGCUUCAUGUUUAUGCACAAUAUUAAGCCUGUGUAUUAUUGUCAUCAUUUUCAUAUAACUAUUGAGAGAAAAAAAUAUGUUAUCAAACUACAACUGCAUAUGGUUUAUUUGUUGGCUAUUAUCAUGUUCCAAGAAAAACUUCACAUAACAUGUAAGAGAAUGUCAACAAUAAAGAUUUGAAUACAUCA